UAGCGGGGGGCGUCCUCGUGUUUACUUCGUCGGCAGCGCGCGCGCGGCACGCAUCAGUUUACAAUUCCCUUUUAUUUUAAUAACCCUUUUAUUUAUUCAUUACUCGUAUUUCAUGUUCAUGUGACAUUAGUGAGUGUUAGGUUUUUGUUCGAGUUUAUACUGAUAAAAUUAUAAUGAAGGAACUGAUUCUCCUGUUAGUGGUCUUCUGCCACGGCGUGGUGAGUGUGAACUACUGCUGCCCAGACCAUGAGAUCCUGCGGCCUGGGGGCUACUGCGGGGAGAGCAAGAAGCGCGUCCAUCUCAACUGCACACUCGGACACAUGCUGCUUAAGGAAGUGAUCGUCAAUGGCACUAAACUUUACACGGAGGAUGCUCCGAAUUUCGUCAUCGCUGAGGAUCCCGCUGAAUAUUGCCUCGGCCAGAUGUACCGUAACGCGUCUCAGCCAAAGUUGGGCACGAUAGCAGCCGCUAUCGCCUGUUUCCAAGAGUUCCACAAAGAGUCCAGGCCUAUUGAGGUUACAGGCUUCCUCACACUGGUGUCAGUGCUGUUUCUGCUUGCCACUUUAGCGGUGUACAUGUAUCUACCAGAGAUGAGGGACCUUCAAGGCCAAUGCUACAUGUGCAUGUGCAUCAGUAUGGCGAUUGGAUUCCUAUCUUUAGGCAUCUUGCAACUGAGCCCAGGACACUACACAACAGAAGUUUGUGCAGUUACCGGGUUUCUCGUGUAUUUCUGGAUGAUAGCUACUUUCUUUUGGAUGAACGUUAUAUGUAUUAACGUUUACCGCAAUGUGAUAGAUUCAAGUUACUUAAAGAAAACCGAGAGAAAACAGUUCGGUAUCUACAGCAUUUAUGCAUGGGGCUGCAGCAUCAUAUUCUUAUCGGUGGCUCUCAUCACCAACUUUGUGGAAGGCAACCAUCUGAAGCCAGGCAUAGGGACGUCUACUUGCUGGUUCCAAGGUCGAACCGAAACUUGGACUUUCUUCUACGGGCCCAUCGCCGUGCUCAUAUCUGCCAACGUGGCACUCUUCAUACUGUCUUCAAUCCAUUUAUGGCGCGACACCAGAAAGUACGAAGUCAACAAGCUGAACAUCCUCAAAUACAGGUUCCUGCUUUCACUGAAGCUGUUUCUGGUCAUGGGAGUUUCGUGGAUAUUUGAAAUUGCCAGUUUCGCUCACGGAGAAAAUCUUAUCAUAUGGGAAAUAAUGGACGUGUUCAACUGCCUCCAAGGAGUGGUGAUAUUCCUCAUACUGGUGUUAUUGAGGAGGCGGGCUGUGCAUGGUUUAGUAAAGGAGAACUGCUGCCUAGCGGUUCUGAGGCCAUUGGCUGAUCGGCUGAGCCCUCACGAUGAUCCAGACGAUCAGCAGAUACUCUCUGAUGAUCAUAUGGAAGUUAGGCUCAACUGAAUAUAAAAUUCGCUUAAUUUUUUUUAGAUCACACAGAAGUUUAGAUGCCAAUUUGUCUUUGCCGUUCCUCAAAAAACAUGGGAAAGUUACAUAACGUAAAACCACCCUAACUAUAGUCCAGUGGUACAACUUUAGCCCAAGAAUUCAAUGUAAUUUUGCUGCAAAAUAAGACAUUUAAAAAAUAAUCACAUCUAAUUGAAGAUAAUGUGUAGUUUGUUUCAGACCAUGGUUGGGAAAUUUUGGACUAUAGUUGAGUGGUUUACGGUAUCCAUAAUUGAAAUAAGUACCUGGUCACAGAUUAGCAAAAAAGGACACGAUAUAGCACAAUAAAAAAAUGGCUUUCGUUUUCUUAACUAUCGAGAAUAGAAGAGAAAAUUUCUGUCUUAAUAAUGAUUACAUACUUAGUUUACAUUAAAAUGCUAUCCAAAUAUUACAUUUAAGUAAUUAAAGUCUAAUCGUAUUUUGAAUCAAAGACGAUAAACAGACUGGUUAAAUGUUACUUUCGGAACGCUAAAAGCUGUUCGGAAGUUAUCAUAAUAAUAUUAUAAUUUUAAUGUAUAAGUAAUACAAUGUAUCAAUAAGUUUGAUAUAUUUAAUAUUACUUAGUUUUAUAUUUUUAUAUCUAUUUAAAUUAAAAUUUUCUUUAAAUACGUGUUAAGGAAAAGUUUUAACUUGGUGCUAGUGUUUUAUUAUGAAUAUAAUUUUGUUUUAAUUUUUAGUUUACGCAUAGAUAAUGUAUUUAAUUAUCUCAUAUUAUGCUCUCAACUCGUGCCAUGUAAAACUAUGUUCUUUUUUUUAAUUAUAUAAAUAUUACAUUCUCCUAUUUUUACUUCUUACAUGCUGUAAAUAUUAGGAUACUUUGAAUAUGAAUAUUAGCUUCAAUUGGUUCCUAUGAAUUGUUAUGAAUGCAUGAUUUGUGUACAAGAAUAAAAAUAUUUACUUAA